UAAUCAAUUCAGUCAACUUGUAUAUUUCAAUCGUUAAACACAUCAAAUCAAUUGAAAAUCAGAAUGAAAUUCGUAUACCUCAUCUGUGCGCUGGUUUUGAUGGUCUUCACCUUCAGCCCGCAGCCAACGAGUGCAACUUUGUGCCCUUGCCCUCGUAAUUACGAUCCCGUCUGUGGCUCCAAUUCGGUGACCUAUUCCAAUCGUUGUGAAUUUGAUUGCACCAGACGAGAUAUGGAACGCAGUGGUCGCAGUUUGGGCAUGGCUCGUGCUGGUCCAUGUUAAGAAAGAAAUCAAACACCCAUGCCUUUUACAAUAAUUGUUAUAUGCAAUUUGUUUUUAUUGUACCAUAAGUACAUAAACGUGCAACUGCGUUGUUGUUCUUCUGUAAUCCAUUUUGUAGUUCAUUGAAAUGCAAGUUUGGACAUAUUUGAAAUUCAAAGAAAGUGAACGAAAUUUUAAAAUGAUAAAAAACACAGAAUAAAAAUUUAAAGAAUUGAAUCGUGAAAUCAAUAUACAAGUGAAUAAAAUUUAUUAUGAAUUUA